CCCGAAGACUGGGGCACUAGUGUCAGCAUGCCGGGACCUGAAGGGUUCCUUAAUAAGUAAGAGGGAGUGAGGCAGGGCCUAACCUCCUUGGUAGCUUAUACUGAAGACAGUGAUCUUUGUUUACGUAUAUCUUUGUUUUUGAGCUACCUGAAUAAAAGGUAUUUGAUGUUUUUGCACAAGCCUGGAGUCGGUCGUUGGUGGAUUUUUGUAGCAGAGCACAUUCUAGCAAGUCUCCUGUUACAAAUGGCGCCCAACGUGGGGCCCUUCUGCUAGUCGUGCCAUACGUAGCAGAGGACCCAACAGCCGCGAGGUAGCGGCACACAUACUAGUGAAUUCCAGACCAAGCUAAACUCGUGGGCAUCAGUACCAGACCAAGGGUGUUGAGUAGUGGUUAAAACCAACCCCACAGGAUCUCCCUGUAAGAAAAGUGCACCACCCACAUUUGGCAUUGCAGCAAGUCCCUGGCUGGGGAAUAAGACGUGAUCAAAUUAUCCACGAGCCAAGAGUCUUAGUCAAUAUUUGCCAGGUCUGGGAGGAAAACUUAUUAACAGCUUCGUUUGACGUAAUGAGGUUGAAGGUUUUAAGACUUAAACUUUUGAAUAAGCUGAUGGGAAUACAGGUUCCAUUGUCUCACCUGUGACCGACGUCACCGGCCUGGGAGAUGAAGGAUCGGCUGGAAGAGUUAAGGAACAGAAUAAGCCAAGAUGACAUGCUGGAUUUCGACGAUAACUUGGCUUUUGAUAAUCCCAUGUUUCAAGAUGCAGAGACAAAUUCCAUGGACUUGUUCUUCCAGGAGGUCUCCAACCUCUCCAUGGCGCUGAAGAAGCUGAAGGAGAUGGCCGUGGGCAUUGCGAAGAAGCAGGAAGAGGUGCUCUGCAGCACAACGGGCACUAACAUCGUUGAAGGAAAGAAGGACUUAAAUAAAAUGAAAGAUGCCUUCACCUCCGAAGCCAAAAUAAUCCAGUCCCUGCUGAGCCGAAUGAAAAGCACUUUGGCUCAAGACAAUAAGAACUGGAUGGCGGAGCACCGGAUCCGUCAGAGUCAGUUCACCGUCCUGACCAACAAAUUCAGAGAUGUCAUGAGCCAGCAUUACAUCAACGAGACAAAGUACGUGGGGAGGCUGAAGGAGCAGAUCGUGAGACAGACCGAGCUGGCUGGUCUGAGCCUCCAGGAAGAAGAGAUCAACCAGCUCAUAGGAAGUCCAAUGGCUCCGCAAAUUGUUGGCCAUGACCUGGAAAUCCUCAAAGCAAAGCAACACUUGGCCAUGGCCCAGGAGAGGCACAAACAGCUCCUGGACCUAGAAGCCCAGAUAACGGAGCUCCACUCCCUCUUCGUCCAGUUGGAUUUACUCAUCUCAGAGCAGCAGGACGUGAUCAAUAAUAUUGAGUACAAUGUUCUGAACACCAUGGACUAUAUCUCCCAAUCUACGGAGCAAGUGAAGAAGGCCCUGAAAUUCCAGAGACAGUCUCGGUUUGCUGCUGCUAUUUCCGCACUCUUGGGGCUGUGCGCCUGCUGCACCUGCCUGUCCUGCAUGUCCGGCGCUGUGCGGUGAAUGUUCCGCCAUGGCACUUCUGCGCGGGCAGAUAACACAUUUACGUCAAGUCUUUGUUAUGUAACGUCCUACAGGAACCUUACAUUGUUCUUAAGGAGGGGGUGGGCCCUCUGUGCGCCUAACGCACCCCACCCUCUACCUGAGGAGCUGCUAGUCACUGCAAUGUAUGCUGCAAGUCAAUGCAAUGUAUGCUGCUAGUCACUACAAUGUAUGCUGCUAGUCACUGCAAUGUAUGCUGCUAGUCACUGCAAUGUAUGCUGCAAGUCAAUGCAAUGUAUGCUGCUAGUCACUACAAUGUAUGCUGCUAGUCACUGCAAUGUAUGCUGCAAGUCACUGCAAUGUAUGCUGCAAGUCACUACAAUGUAUGCUGCUAGUCACUGCAAUGUAUGCUGCUAGUCACUACAAUGUAUGCUGCUAGUCACUGCAAUGUAUGCUGCUAGUCACUGCAAUGUAUCUUCUCUUCCAUUAUGCCUGACAAUGUUAUUUAUGAGAACUGCUAUUACCUUAUGAAGCCUGGGAGGAGGUGGUCGCUGCACACUGUAAUAAUAUGUUACAUAAUAUAAGUGAAUUAAGUGUUAUUAUUAUUAUUAUUUUUUUAAAUAAAUUAUGUGAUGAAUGGAAA